AAACUCUGCUGGAUCUGAGGAGGCCUGCCCAGUGACCUUUUACCUUUGCCUUGUCGCUUUCCCAAUGAUGAUAUCGGCUUUUACUGCCUCUCGUUGCAAAUUCUAGGUUGCAGAUGACGCAGUUUCAGCCUUCGGGCGUACGGAGAUCAUGCCAGGUCUUGCGCUUCGGUGUAAGAGCUGGAUCUGUUCAUACUCGCUGCAGAUCUGAGGAGGCGUGCCUAGUUUACCUUUUUUUUUUUCCUUCCUCUCUCCUGUUCCUCUUUUGCUUUCAAUUCCCCCUGACCCCCUCGAUGAUGUGCUCGCUUGUGGUGAUUCUUGUCUUUGGUUCUACUUCUGGGUGGGACGACCGGUGUCGCCUGGUUACUUGCCUGGAGUGGGCUGGGGGCUUUGGAUUGCUGCUGAGUCUGAGGGGGGCCCAAUGAUGAGCUGGUGGCAGACAGACAACCUUUAAGUCGCCCUUCUUCUGGUGAUGAGAUCGCUACCCAGUUGAAUCAAUGCUGCCUUGAGGAGGAUGUUUUGGGUUGUCGAGCCUGAAGAAGGCU